UUUAUUUAAAAACAUACUAUAGUUAUUUAAUAUUGAGUACGGAAAGUCACAUGAACAAUUAAAAUUUAUUUAGUUUGUUCAAAUUAAUGUACAUGUUUUGAAGUUUUAAAGUAUCACUUUUAAAAUAGUACAGUAUACAUUAAUAAUGAAUUCAUUAUUUCUAACUUCAAUUUUCAAACGAGGAAUCGAAAACAUAUCAGCAGCAAUAGCUGUAUACUUAUUUCUAUUUUGUGGAUUUUUAGAAACUGCACUCGUAGUAUUUUUUACUUGCUAUUAUGCGCCACAAUUUUUCUGGGUUAGUCCAUUGUACAUUGGAUGGAUUCUGUAUGAAAACAAAUAUACGUGUCCUGAAAAGUUGAGAUUUAACUUUGUUCGAUAUUGCUUAAUAUGGAAACAUUUUAAAGAUUACUUUCCAAUGAUGUUAGUUAAAACUUACGACUUGCCAGCUGACAAGACAUAUUUAUUUGUAGUACAUCCUCAUGGUUUACUUGGUUGGGGGCAAUUUUCUAAUUUAAUAACUUGUGUGGGACCUUUUCGUAAGAUAUUUCCAGGUAUAAAUACUUACUUACAUGUAUUAGGAGUGCAUUUUUGUAUUCCUUUCCAUCGAGAAGUUUUAAUGAGUCAUGGAUUGCGAGAUUCCUCCGAACGAACUAUAUCCAAAAUUCUAAAUGGAAAAAAAGGUAACGCAUCAGUUUUACUAGUAGGAGGAGUUGUUGAAGCAUUCAAAUCUUAUCCUGGACCUAUAACCAUAGUUAUAAAUAAUAGGAAAGGAUUUGUUCGAAUAGCUUUAAAAACUGGAGCAUCUCUAGUUCCAGUGUUUUCAUUUGGUGAGAACAAUGUUUACAAGAAACAAGUUUUAGAGACCGAUUCAUUUUUAUAUAAAUUUCUGAAACUGAUCGGAUGGAAAGGCGACAGAGUUAUACCACAAGGACGUUCACUUUUUGGUAUCAGAUUAAGUUUCAUGCCACAUAGACAUCCAAUUAUAUCAGUUGUGGGAAAACCAAUUGAUUUACCAAAAAUUGAAAAUCCAUCUAAUGAAGAAACAGAUAAGUAUCACAAAAUAUAUAAAGAGGAACUCACCAAAUUAUUUGAACAGCAUAAACACAAAUACACCAAAAACCAAGAGGAAUUAACUUUAAAUUUUGAAUGAUAUAAGAAACAAAAAAUAACAGUUUUUUCUUUUUUUGAACGAUAAAAAUACGAUUUUAUUAUGUUUAAUAUUAAUUUCAAUAUUACAAUUAAAUAAUACUAUUUAUUUAAUUAAUGGUAAUUAAUUUACAGAUAUCAAUUAGUAUUCAU